AGUAGUUUCCCUGCACCCGGUCUGUAUCGUGUCUGUGUGUGAAGUCAGCGGGUGGAGACUGAAUUCAAAAACAUUGACUUGUGAUUGUUUGUCCUGGACUAAUUUCAAAACAAGCUGUGACAUGGAGGUCAGUGCAGAGGCCAAGAGGAUCAUGGUCGUGGCUUUGGGGAAACUGUACAGCUCCCGCACCCAGCGAGGGGGUCUGCGGCUUCAGCGGAGCCUCCUCCUGACUCUGGUAAUGAAAUCCGCCCGGGACAUGUACCAUGCGGCUCAGGCGACGGUGGAAAGUGUUGUUGCGGGAUACGAACAACCGCAGCCCGCGGCCGAGGGGACCACAGGGACCACCGAGCCAACUGGCGCCCAAACCGAGCUCCUGGGUGCCGCCUCGCUUGCCACCGAGAAGCCUCAGACUUUAACCCGAGUGGAGGUCUCGGGCUCUCCCACCGGGCUCCGGCGCGACGCAGAAAACAAGGAGAAUCUGUGCCCGACUGGACCCGCACAGCAUUCCAGGAAAAGACGCGGUAAAGCGGCCAUGGAGCCGGACUUUCUGCCAUGCAAAAAAGCCAAACUCUGCUCUGAGCAGCUCAGUGUAAAUUCAGUUUUGCUGGACUACGUGAACUGCAGCAGUAAACUGGGAGCACCCCCACCCCCCAUGCUUCUCCAGAGAGCCAUUGCAGCGUGUUGAACCCCGGCGCAGAUCAAAGGGAAUGAACUUUACGACACGGCCUUGGGAGCGUGAACGCGCAUCCAGAGAGGGCCUCUUCACGGGUUGUUUGGAGGAACAGCCGGGACGGAGUGUUCUGAACGUCCCGAGCAGGACUCUGAACAAGCCGGGGCAUGUUACGGGAAACACGGAAGCAGCCCCGGUGACUUUUGGCCUAGUUAAUGGCCACGGCUCACGAUAACUGGCUUCGACUGGGAAGGGCGGAACUAAGGACAUUGGUGCAUCCGAAUGAGGCCUCGAGCUGUCUGAAUGAACAUGUACAGCCUAGCAGAUGUUAUAUGUUGUGAGUGUGGGAACCAGUGCUGCAUGAAGACUGGAAAUGUGUUGAUUUCAAAUGUAAAACAUUCAAUGACAACUACCUCAAUAUUUAUUAAACAUUUUUGUACUCAA